AUGUCGAACGAACUAACUUUUGGAAAAUACAAGGGCACACCGAUCGAAGAAGUAUAUGCUUAUGAUCCCAGAUAUUGUCGAUGGAUGCACAACCAACCCAGUCUCAAUAUUACUGAGGAUAUCAAGAUUUUCCUUCACUUCAAGUUUCUUAGCAAUGAUAAUUCGUAUAUGAUGAGUUGGGGCAAGUACAAGGGGAAGACGCUAAAGCAAAUUAGUCGCACCGAUUCUAAUUAUAUCAAUUGGCUUCGUAAGAACCCAUUCGUAAUUGAGAAAUGCCCUAAACUACUCAACGAACUUAAUUAA